AAGGAAAAACUAUCAACAUUAACAUGUGUAGCGAAGGAUCACAAAAGCUGUGAUAUGUAUCAUGUAUGUAUAAUUUCACUUUCACAUGGCACUUUGCUUUUCUUGUUUCCAAAAACUGUCGGCCACAUAUAUUAAACUUCCAAGGUUCACGCAUUGAAGUACAUUCAACUUCCAACUUCCAACUUCCAUUCUUGAAAGAAGAAAUGGCUCACCAAUGUCUUGAAAGCCUAAAGAUCAUGAUAUAUAUCACCGGAUUUUCGGUGUUACUUAUUGUUUUCAUACAAAGUCUACACCGGAAAGUUCCCCUAGUCACUAUAGAUCAACUAUACAUUCCCACACUCAACAAAACUACCACCGGUGCCGCCGCAAUCAAGAACCACACCAUCUACUUUGAUCUAAAGCUUUACAACAAGAAUCCAGUGGGAAUAUACUAUCGCCCGAUGAAUAUUACUUUCUCAUACUUCCCAAACAAAACUACAACAAGUAGUGUCCCUUUAUGCGUGUAUACCUUACCAGGGUUUCACCAGGCGCAUCACAAAGAAAUACAUGUUCGUGACAAGGUGGUAACUGGUGGAAUAAUGGUGCUUCCUGGUGGUGGUAGGGUGGUGAUGAGGGUGGAUUUGGUAGGUAGAGUUAAGUUCAAGUCUAUUGCACAAUGGAAGAGGACGGUGAUGGUGGGCGUUGAUGUGGAGGUCGAUGAGUACACCGGGCAAAAAGUUAUGAAGAGAGGCAUUCACUUGGUGCGGUCCGGUGCAGCUCCGGUGGCAACGGUGGUGUUGGGGAUCUGUCCACCGGUGGCAAUGUUGCUUAUAUUUGUUAGUCUUUUUAAUUUAAGGUUCCUUUGAGAUGUGGUUAUGUUAAUUCUUUUUGUUACAUAUAGCAAAACAUUAAUGGCCAUAAAAUGGUGCCUUUGUUUUUUU